AUGGAGUAUAUUGUCGAAGGACAGGACGUGUCCCCCGAGGAACUCUCGGACGAAUCCUGGCAGUCCCCAGGCCUCCGCGCCCAAGAGCAACGCCGCGCAGCCUUGCGCCUUGCCACCGCCGCAGCUAAGCCCACCACCACGCCGGCUUCUCUGCCUUCGUCGAAGCGGGUAAAUGCAUCGCCUCCGCAGCACCGCCGCCGCGCUCCGCUCCCUCGUCUCCCGGCGGACACGAUUCACAUCGUCGGCCGCCCCAAAAGCCCCGUAGAACUCACCAAGCUCCAGCCUUGGCACUUGUACAGCGCCUUGCUGCAAGCAGCGUGCCUGCAAGACCUCCCGCCCGCAUCUCGCGACACGGUGCGGAUCCACCCCGUCAACAACACUUUUACGCUCAGCGUCGCGGACUCGGCUCGUGCUCAAGCAUACCUCCGCAUCACCUCCCUCACGGUUUCCGGCAACACUUUCCCCGUCCACCUUUACGCCCCACCGCCAGACGAUGCCCUCAGGGGCACACUGUACCACGCCUUCGACGACUUCACCGACCAAGCCAUCCUUGAAGACCUUCAGGCAAGCAAUCCUACCCUCUCUGUUGUGGGCGGCCGCCGCAUGGGCAAGGCCCCUCACAUCUUGGUCACCCUCAUGGAGCCGAAACUACCGCGGUGGAUCUUCUACCACGGUGUCCAGCUUCGCCUCCUUCCGUUCCGCAACAAGGUGGAAGCCUGCUACAAUUGCCGCUCGACCGGCCACCGGACCGACGUGUGCCCCAAGCCGCGGCAGGAGCGGUGCCAUCGGUGCGGCGCUGCUCACCCCACACCGCCCGAAGUAUCUCCACCCACUUGCAACCCCCGCUGCAUCGUCUGCAAUGGGAAUCACUCCACGUACAGUUCCAACUGUAAACACCGCUACGUGCAGCGCCCUCAACGCCAGAAGGCCCCGGUACCUGACACACACCCCUCGCCACAACAGCCUGUUCCGCCCGCAGCGGCAGUGCGCUCUUCCCAGCAAGCAGCAAGUGGUCCCUCACCAGAUCCACCGCCCAAGUUGGUUACUGCCUCUCCGCCCCCCGUACCAGCGGUGCCUAAACCCGCAUCACAGCCCAUGAAUUCGACAUGGCCCCGCGGCGCCCCCGGCUUGCCCUCGGAGCCGCAGGUUGUUGCACUGCAGCAAGAAAACGCCUCCCUCCGACAGCAGGUCACUGCACAAAGCGCUCAAAUUGCAGCUCAGAAGACCCAAAUUGAUUCCCUCCAAGCGAAACUGCAAGCUCUUGAAGAGAAGCUGGAAUCAGCCAUCACAGUGAAAUCCUCUCUGCCCUCUACCAUUUGCUCCUCCUCCGACAUGGACGUUCAGACUCCCGAAGGAUGCACUGGCAAGCGCCGUCGACCCAACACUCCCCUUGAAUCUCUUCACCUUUCUGAAGAGGUCCAGGUAUCCAUCAAGACGGCCUUGGUGGAUCUUGAAAAGCGGUUGGAUAGCCGCUUCAACUCCGUCCACCAGCUUCUCACUGCACAGCACGAAGCUCUAAAUUCCCUGCGCACAGACUUCGCCGCCUACCCCCCCGCCACGUCCUUCCAAUCUCUACAGUCAACAGUUGAUGGCCUACAAACUGCCAUGCUUGGAAGCAUCCGAGCAAACCCACCCCUCCAUGCCCGCACCACCACCUCCUCCGGCGCCGCCCGAACCUCGCAAACACCGGCCGAGCAACGUGAACAGCCCUCUCUGUUUAUUCUCAACGUGUACAACCCCCCUCGCUCCACUGAAGAUGCGUCUCUCCUAGCCUUGCUCCGUGCCGCUGCAGCGAAAGCAGCCAAAUCACUCCUUCUUAUUCUCGGCGACUUCAACGUCAAGCAUCCGGACUGGGGUUACUCGAAGGCAGAUGGCCCCGGAAGGAGGCUGUGGCAGCUCGCUCACGACCUCAACCUUUCCCUGCUCACCGACCCCACGCAACUAACGCGCAUCGGCAACAGUGUGUGCCGCGAUACCACCCCGGACCUCAGCUUCUGCCGCAGCGUGCGCGACGCGCGCUGGUCUAACACGCAUCAGUCCCUCGGCAGUGACCACUAUGUCCUCACCAUUCAAGUUCUCACCUCCCCCAGCAAUCCGCGCCCACACACGGCCCGCUAUACAGACUGGGACGCUUUCCGAGAACGCCGGUUGCACUCCGCCACUUCCAACAUCGAGGACCUCUCGACGUGGACCGACCAGCUGCUAGCGGACCUCGACGCAGUCACCGCCUCGAUCCCCACCACGGAGGACCAUCCGGCAACUGACGCCCGUCUUGCCCACCUGUGGGCCGCCUGCACCGGCCUUUGCAACCGUUGGCAGAAGCAACGUCACAACCAUCGCUUACGCCGCCGCAUCGCGCACCUCGAUCGUACGAUCGAGCAACACACCACCGCGCUCGCCCGCCAACAGUGGGAGCAGCUCUGCUGGGGUCUCUCUGGUCAGUUGGGCUGCAAAGAGUCCUGGCAUCUCCUCCGCCACCUCCUCGACCCUGCUUCCGCCAAGUCGGUCGCUCGGCAGCAGUUACAACGAGUGGUCCGGGCUUACCCCGGCGACACUCCGUCGCUGAUGGCAGACCUGUCCGCCAAAUACCUUCAGCUUCUGCCUCCUGGCACACCUCCUCCCCCUCUCGCGUCCUACUCUGGGGCCCCCAACCCAGUACUGGACGCCGAUAUCACGGAAGCGGAGGUCUACGCGGCAUUACAGAAGCUCCGCACCACUUCCGCCCCCGGCCCAGAUCGCAUCCCCAACAAGCUCCUCCGAAACCUCGACGCCCCUUCGGUUGCUACCCUCACUUCGUUCCUCAACGAGUGCUGGCGCUCCGGCAACCUCCCCCAAUCAUGGAAACACGCUCGCGUGGCUUUCAUCCCCAAGCCGGGCAAGAAACUCACAAUCGAGAAUCUCAGGCCCAUUUCACUCACCUCGUGCGUCGGAAAGCUUCUAGAACAUGUCGUUCUCGCUCGCUUGCAAACGUACACGGACGCACACCAUCUCCUUCCCCACACCAUGCUUGGUUUCCGCCCCCACCUAUCCACGCAAGAUGCCCUCUUACAACUCCACCAUGAUCUCCUCGACCCACCCACAUUUUCAGACACAAAGGCUCUCCUUAGCCUGGACCUUCACAAGGCGUUCGACCACGUCUCCCAUUCGGCUAUCCUUGCCGAACUCGCAGCCCUCAACCCCGGCACCCGCACCUACAACUACAUUCGCGCGUUCCUCACCGCCCGCACGGCCGAAAUCAUCAUAGGGGACCUCCCGUCUCCUACGUACGAGCUUGGCCCUCGUGGCACCCCUCAGGGCGCCGUCUUGUUGCCUUUUCUAUUCAAUCUUGUCCUCCGCUCGCUUCCUGGCAAGCUGGACCGUAUCCCCGGUCUUAAACACACCCUGUACGCGGACGAUAUUGCUCUCUGGGUCACGUCGGGCUCUGACGGCCAUAUCGAGCAGACGUUGCAACGCGCAACCGACGUCGUCACGUCCCACGUGCACGCGGCCGGUCUUACUUGCUCAGCGGCCAAAUCGGCCCUUCUUCUCAUGCGGCCUCCCGACCGGCGUCGCUACAAAGCUCCCCACCCCACCAUCACGGUUCAUGCCAACUCUACUCCUGUCCCCGUCGUUUCGCAUCUCCGCGUGCUCGGGCUGAUCCUACAGUCCAACCGCCAUAAUACACACACCAUAGACAAGCUCUCGCUCUCGGUGCAGCAGACCGCACGUAUACUCGCCCGUGUCCGUGCGCGGCGUGAGGGCAUGCGAGAACACGAUCUACUUCGCCUUGUCGACGCUUUCGUCGUUUCCCGCCUCACGUACGGCCUUCCUUAUACACGUCUCCUUAAAUCGGAACGCGAUAAAAUUGACGUCCUCAUCCGCCGGGCAUACAAGACUGCCCUCGGCCUUCCCCCCAACACGUCCACCGAUCGUCUUCUCCGUUUGGGUGUACACAACACGCUCGACGAGUUGAUUGAGGCUCACCGCUCCGCUCAAGUGCAACGCCUUUACCGUUCGCCGACCGGUCGCCACAUCCUUUCCUCCAUCGGCCACGACACCUCCUCCCACCCUCCGGAUCUGGUCUCAUUACCCGAUGCUAUUCGAGCGGCGUUCUACAUCAAGCCGCUACCUAAGAAUAUGCUGGCGGGCCACCACGACGCUCGCCGCCAAGCCCGUGCCGCCAUGCUUCAAGCAAAGUACGCCGACCACCCGGCCGUCGCCUACGUAGAUGCGGCCCGAUACAAUGCACGCAGGGACGCCUUCGUAGUCGUUUCCGUGUCGCCCUCCUCAGCUCCUUUGGGGCCGAUCAUCACGGCUGGCACCGUCAGAACGCCUUACGCCGUCGAGGCGGAGGAAGUGGCCAUUGCUUUGGCCGCGACCUCGGCUGACGCAAGCGUCAUAAUCAGCCACUCCAAACAAGCCAUUUCCAAUUUCGCGCGAGGUCUCGUCUCGCCUACCACUUUACGGCUACUUCGGCCCCUACUGCAGCAAGAUGAGCAGUGCCGCAUAGAACUGAUCUGGGUCCCCGCCCACUCGGGUCACCCCGGCAACGAGACAGCUCACCAACGCGCUCGAGGAUUCGUCGACCGAGCGGUGGGCCACUCAGAGUCGGACGCCCUGGUGCCGGAGCCCCUGGUCACCUACCACGACAUCACUCAGCACUAUCGCCUCGAGCGAUAUUUCUAUUCACAUCCUCACAGCAGCCUUCCCAAGCGGUCCGAGAUCGCCUGGCGUCGCCUCCAGACCCGCACCUUCCCGUGCCCCCUCGUGUUUUCAUACAUGCACCCAGGUGCCAUCGAUCCACGCUGCUGCAUGUGCGGCAACGUUGCCUCGUUGAACCACAUCCUCUGUGGCUGCCCGGAGGAUCCCCCGCCCGCCGACCUCCUUUGCUCACCCCCCACCGAGGAACAAUGGGAGGCCCUUCUCUCCAGCAACGAGAGAGACAUCCAGACACGGGUCCUGAAACGAGCAGAAGAAGUCAUCGAGAAGCACAGCCUGGCAGCCUUCGUGGCUUAG